CUGGUUCUCUUUCGAGCAAAGCUCUGGAUUCUGGCCGGUUCUUCUCUUUUUGCCUUACACUUUUUGCCGUUGCAAAGUUCCAAUAAACCUAUGGAGCAGGCGAAGUCCAGAGUCAAUGUUAACCCAGGGCCAUUCAACUCAGGAUAUUUGAGAGGUCCACCAUUUAAUGAUAGGAAUGAUGUCGUUUUUAUGGAGGCCAAAGAUUAUCCCCGAAAACGAAGACCAGCUCUAGGCCACAAACGCACACAUUUCUCAUUGAAGCCAAAUAAAAUUUAUCCUAGUGAGACUUUAAAACCAACUCUGGACAUUGAUUAUAUGAAAGAUCCGGAGGAAUUUUUCAUGGCUUAUGAACGGUUGGAAAAUGCCAUAAGAGAAAUACAGAAGCAGAUGGGUGGUGUAUCAUUUGAACUAAAUCAGAACAAUAAAUCCCCUUGUGCGCGGCAACGUCGACCAGUACUCUUGAGAAAUAAUCAGUGGAGGGUAGUCAGGUAUAGGCAUCGGUAUUCAGUAGGAACUUCUGAAAAUAAUUAUCAUGUGCCUUCCUUUCAAGAGAUAUAUGAACCAAGUAGUCAAGGUUUUGAUGGUGAGGACACAGGCAAAAAUGAGCCUUGUCUUGCAUCACUGGAGAGUGAACUAACUGACUCUUCUGUUGUUGAAGGGAAGAUAGGCGACAUAUUGAAAGAAUUGCGGCAUAGCACUUGUGAUGAUCUAGAGAGAGAUGUAGCCAUCCCGCAUUUGCUAGAUAGCUUACAGAUCAGAUCCAUUACCUUACAAAAAUUAUCCAUCCCAGACUUAGCAAGCAAUCGAGUGACUGAUUUGAAAUCUUUUGGGUGUGACAUGUCAAAGCCAGGGAAGGUUUUAUCUGACACAGAUAAUUUGUUGACAGAGAUGCGAAAUAAAACUGCAUUGAAGCAAAGACAGGAUGCAAGAAGUGCUUUGCGACAAUUACCUUCAUCUUCUUCCACCCCACCGAAGAGUCCAUUUGCUCUCCUAUCAUCACUAUUGAAGUAUUGCUCAUUUUCAAGUUCUUCAGUUGAUCCAUUUCCUUUAAUUGAUGAUGAUAAUUUGCCCACAAGAAACACUUCUGUGGUGAAUCGGGAAAUCAAUCUUAUCAAUUCUGGAGAGGCAGCAUCAUUCGUUAAAGAUGGCUGCGCUGGAGAUUGUGCCAUUACAUCUAGAAAAUCCAAGGAAGAUAAUUCAGAGAAACUUGGUUUUGAUGCUCAUAUUGGCUCAAAAGAACCACUUGUUGACAUUGAUGUGGAGAUUGGACACAGUGACAUGGGCGAUGGAAUUAUGGAUGUUCCUGUAUGCAGGUCAAACUCUGAGGUAAAUGAAGCAAAUAUGCAGGAGGCGGAGUGUUCUAUGUCUAGAGAUGACUCAGAUCUUAUUUUGGUGAAUCCAGUAGAUCAAUCAAUUCCUGUUGGGCUUCAAUCGAAUGCUAAAGAUGAAUGCACGAUAACAUCCAAUGAUGGUGAAGCGAGACAGUGUUUGCAGGUACGAGAGAAAACCAAAGCUUCCAAGGCAUCUGUUAAACGAAGGAAAGACAAAUCAUACUCGUGGAGAGAACAGAAGAAUGAAAGACUUUCAAGGAGGCAGAGCCUUGCAGCUGCCGGUACUUCUUGGAAUUCUGGAGUAAGGCGAAGCACUAGAAUCAAGACAAGGCCUCUGGAGUACUGGAAAGGAGAAAGACUUGUUUAUGGUCGCAUACACGAGAGUUUGGCAACUGUCAUUGGGGUGAAGUAUAUGUCUCCAGGAAGCACUGAUGGUAAACCAACUAUGAAGGUCAAAUCCUAUGUUUCAGAUGAACACAAGGAGCUGCUCGAAAUGGCUUCUAAAUACUGAAGCGUUAUUCUAUUGAAAACACUAUUUUUCAGAAGGUAUUGGACUCACAUACUAGUUGGAGCAGGUUUGGUUGGCCAGGAUUUUCAGUUUUUAGCAUCUUGUGUUGUGGCCAUUAUUUUAAGAAUAAAUUCUGAGAUGUAUCAUUUCAUUAGGUACCAGACGAAAGCUAAUGUAAGCUUUUGCUGUAUAGAAGAAACAGCCGAAGAAUUUGUUGAGUUGCAUUACGAGGGAAGAGAUUGUUUGAUUUAAGCAGAAGAAAA